AUGGACAAAGAAACCAACACCCCCGAGGAGGUCUUGGGGUCAGCUGAGAAGUCCAUGAAUGUGACGAGCAAAACGUCUAAUGACGACACCAAGGCCCACGAGUUCAAUGAGCAGACCAACUAUGUCCCAAAGAGAACCAUCAUCACUAUAUUCCUCGCCUGCGCGGGCGUCGACCUUUUGGCACUCAUAGACCAAACCACGCUCGCGACCAGCUUGUACAUCAUCGGCAACGCCCUGGGGUCCACCUCGCAGGUCUCGUGGAUAGCCAACGGUUACUUCAUAACCUCAACCGUCGGCCAGCUGCUGUACGGGCGGCUGUCGGACAUUUGGUCGCGCAAAGUCAUGCUCCUCACCGGCCUCGCCAUCUUCUUCCUCGGAUCCCUGGCCUCGUCACUGGCGCAGUCCGUGCUGCAGCUGACCAUCUUUCGUGCCUUUACUGGCAUUGGCGGCGGCGGGCUGAUGACGGUCGCCCAGCUGAUUGUGAGCGAUGUGGUCCCGCUAAGGGAGAGGGGGAAGUACCAGGGCAUUAUCGGUGCCGUAGUGGCUAUUGCCAAUGGUAUCGGCCCCGUGAUUGGCGGUGCGCUGUCGUCCAAGUCGGAGGACUCGUGGCGAUGGAUCUUCCGCAUCAACAUGCCCCUGACUGUGCUUACCACUUUGGGCGUGGUGUUCUUCAUGCCACUGAAGAAGGUCCAGGGUGACUGGAAAGUGAAGCUCAAGGCAGUGGAUUUUACCGGCAUCUUGGUGGCCUUGGCCGGCACGAUAGUUCUGAUGUUGGGGCUCACCUGGGGUGGAGGUGAAUAUCCCUGGGGGUCAGCUCAUGUGAUCGCGACGCUGGUUGCCGGUUUUGUGGCAUGCGUUGCCUUUGUGUUAUGGCAAUGGAAGGGUCCACGAUACCCUCUUGUUCCCCUCCACAUCUUCAAGUCCAAGAUCGUGAACGGGGCUUGCAUGACCAUGGCAAUCAACGGUUGGAACUUUGUCGUGCAAGUCUACUACAUCCCGUCCUUCUACCAGCUGGUGUACCAGUACUCGGCAACGAGGGCCGGUGCCAUGCUGCUGCCCGUCACGUUGGUCCAAACGGCAAGCAGCACUCUGUCCGGUCUUGUGGUCCACUGGGUCGGUCGCUACCGCGAGUCCAUCCUUUUCGGGUGGGUUUGCUGGGCCGUUGGCUUGGGCUUGAUGUCAACUCUGGAUGAGACUACCGGGAUUGGGAAGCAGAUCGGGUACUCGAUCCUCAUCGGAGUAGGCGUUGGGAACACGUUGCAGCCUGCUUUGAUUGCCGUCCAGGCGGGCGUGGCUAGACGUGACAUGGCUGUCGUCACCUCAUUCCGCAAUUUCGUCAGAAAUCUUGGCGCCACCAUUGGCCUCGCCGUUUGUGGAACAAUCAUCGUCGUGUAUACCUGGAGUGCUAAUACAAUCAUAUAUGUCGGUAGCAACAAUGUUCUGGCUGGAUCUUUGGGGUCUCUCGACAUCGACCAUGACGUAUCCAAAACUCUUUUAAGUAACCCACAGAUGUAUCUCAGGACCGUCUCCGAGGCCGAAGCCGACAGAAUCCGUGGUGUCCUGAUUCCCGCGUAUAGAAAGGGGUUCCGCAUCAUAUUCAUGACUGGGGCAGCUCUUUGCGCACUGGCGUUUGUCAUUGCCUUCUUCAUGCUGCCUCAGGUCGAAUUGUCUCGCCCAGAUGAUGAGAAGCUCAGGGAGGAGGGGCGCAAGGCGUAUGAGGAUAAAAAGCGACAAGAUUCAGCAUAGACCGUAGUCUACCUAGCGAAAAUACAAGGGCAGCAUCUAACCCUUACUA